UGUAUGCAUGUCGAAAGAAGCAGUUCCCGUUCGGUCAAAGAGCGCGUGCACGCGUACGCGCUCGACUUCGUGGCUGUUUACAAAAUUUACACGUGAUGCUUUAUGGCAAGAUAUCGCAUUAUAUGCAAAUAAAGAUAAGACCCGCGACCCCGUGUACGCAAGCAAAAUAGAGCUCCGAGCGAGAAAUGAUGUCCAAUAAGUUGAGUGCGCGGCUGCGGAAUGCUGGAAAAAAACUACUUUUGAGCCUAAAUUCCGCCGAACGCAAGCAUGUCAGGUCGGCGCACUUUACGUAUUUCCCGUGCAAGAGGCCGAAUAUCACCGGUGAGACUCAAAAGCUGAAUAUGUAUCAAGCUAUAAAUCACGCUCUUACUCUUGCAUUGGAAAACGAUUCACGUUCAGUGAUAUUUGGUGAAGAUGUAGCAUUCGGAGGUGUCUUUCGUUGCACGAUGGAUUUGAAGAAACAUUUCGGCGCUAAUCGUGUCUUUAAUACGCCUCUCUGUGAGCAAGGAAUUGUGGGUUUUGGAAUUGGCUUAGCCAAUACCGGAAUAACGGCAAUUGCCGAAAUACAAUUUGCGGAUUACAUAUUCCCUGCCUUCGAUCAGUUGGUAAACGAAGCGGCUAAAAUGAGAUACCGAAGCGGUAGUAUGUUUGACUGUGGUAAACUUACGGUUCGUGCACCUUGCGGAGCAGUUGGUCAUGGUGGCCUUUAUCAUUCUCAAAGUCCGGAAGCUUAUUUCGCACAUACUCCCGGCUUGAAGAUUGUCGUGCCUCGUGGAGCAAUGCAUGCGAAAGGAUUACUAUUGAGCUGCAUAGAUGAACCAGAUCCUUGCAUUAUAUUUGAACCUAAAAUUCUAUAUCGCAUAGCGGUGGACGAAGUACCCGUAGCACAUUACAAGAUCGAAAUUGGCAAGGCUGAAAUUGUAAGAAAAGGUGACGCCGUGACACUCGUAGGCUGGGGCACUCAAGUGCACGUGCUGUUGGAAGUGGCUGAUCUAGUCCAGGAGAAGCUCGACGUAUCCUGCGAGGUGAUAGACCUCAUUUCCAUUCUACCUUGGGAUGCGGAACUCGUAUGCAAGUCGGCGAGGAAAACCGGGCGCGUGAUUAUCGCCCACGAAGCGCCGAUGACGAACGGAUUUGGAGCAGAAAUAGCUGCGACUGUACAGGCGGAGUGCUUCUUGUAUUUGGAGGCGCCGGUUCAAAGGGUCACAGGAUGGGACUGUCCCUUCCCAUAUAUCUUUGAGCCGUUUUACUUACCGGACAAGUGGCGUUGCUUUGCAGCUGUCCGAGAUAUCUUGAAGUACUAAAGAACUACGGUUGUUGCAGUACGCUGCUGUGUGUGGAAAAGGAUUACAACCUAUUGUCCGCAAAGUGUUCAUUGGAAAACAUAUUUUAUAUUAUUAAUUUUUUAUAAUUUACUAUUCUUCAUUUAUCUACUAUCUUACUAUCUCAUAAUUUUUUUUUAUACACAUUGUUUUUAUGUAAAAUAUAUUUUAUAAUUUCGAUG